AUGGCUGAAGAGGGAAAGGUGUUCGCCAGCCACACAUUUGAGGCUUGGACGGAGCAGUUUGAGAAGGCAAAUAGGGGAAAGCAACUGAUUGUGCUGGAUUUCAGUGCUGCCUGGUGCCCACAUUCUCGUUCCAUGAGUCCAAUGCUGGCAGAGUUGGCGAAGAAGAUGCCAAAUGUCACAUUCUUGAUGGUGGAUGCUAAUGAAUUGUGUGCUGUUGCUAUGGAAUGGGCAGUUAAGGUAGUGCCAACCUUUUUUUUCUUGAAGCAAGGACAAUUACUCGACCAGUUUGUUGGUGCCAACGUAAAGCAACUGAUCUCUACCAUUGAAAGGCACGCUGGUGGCGCACACGGGAUUUUAGAAUCAAUGACAUGUAACCUGCCUACGAUGUCGAACUCUGCUAUAAUUCCAAAUGCUGCAAAUCCGCAAUGGACAAUCCCAACUAAUUAUCCACAACCUCAAGUGCUCAUUGGGACGUCUUCAUUUCACAACCCGCAAAUGCUUCCUAAUUAUUCCAUACUGGGGACUAACAAUGGUUUUCCGGUUUAACAUUCCGGCAACACCAUCUACUAGCAUUGACAUGCCCACCACCACCACCAACAGUUCUACUUAUCAUUGCUAUUAUCCUCAUUAUUAAGUAAUAUUACUUAAAUGCAUUACUAAGUGGAUGAACUAAAGGAA